CUUAUAUAAUUCUUUGUUUGGAAUAAUGUUGCGGUUCCGCACACAUCCAGUGGUUAUCAUCGGCGACAUAAAGGAUAUGUUUUUACGGAUAAAGAUAAAACCUGAUAAUCAACAUGUCUUUCGUUUCUUAUGGAAGGACCCCACUGCUGGCGACGAUGCUCCGAUCAAGGUUUGUGUUAUGCAGUGUUUAAUAUUUGGCGCGACGUGCUCACCCUUUAUAGCUCAAUAUGUCAAAAAUAAAAAUGCAUCCAUCUACGAAGAUUUAUAUCCAGAGGCAGUUAAAGUUAUUUUAAAUAAUCAUUAUAUGGACGAUUGUUUACAUUCAACGACUUCUAUAGGUGAGGCAAUUGAAUUAAUAAAAAAUAUUACUGAAAUUCACGGACACGCCGGCUUCAACAUGCGCAGUUGGACGAGCAACAGUAAACAGGUAAUAGAUUGUUUACCCAAUGAGUCAUUAGCUAACAGCGCGAUUCAACUUGAAGACGGCGCCACAGAUGUAGUCGAGCGCACAUUAGGAUUGAUGUGGCAGCCCUCAGAUGACACAUUUUUAUUUAACAUUUCAUUUAACCGCUUAUCGGAUAAUGUACUUAAUGGUAGUGAACCACCAACUAAAGCUAAGAUGUUAAGUUUAAUUAUGUCUGUAUAUGACAUGCAAGGAUUUAUAACGCCUAUAACAAUAAAGGGUAAAAUAAUUUUACAAAAUGUACAUAGGAGUGGAGUAGGUUGGAAUUACCCUAUCCACAUAAAAGAUUAUGAAUGUUUUUUAAAAUGGCUUGACGAUUUAAAAUUAUUAGCACAACUUCGUAUCCCGCGUUGGUACAACAACACAGGUACGUGGUCUGAUUGUUAUCCCCAAACAGAAUCAGGUGAUCCUGAUCGAAUAAUCAACACCGAGAUGCAUAUAUUUUGCGAUGCCUCAUUGAAGGCAUAUGCAGCUGUUGUUUAUUGGCGAUUUAUUCGCACGGAUGGUAAGGUGUUUGUUUGUUUUGUUACUAGCAAAAGUCGGGUGAGCCCGUUACGACCGGUGUCCGUACCCCGGUUGGAACUCCAAGCAGCACUGCUAGCUGCACGUUUGGCGAGCACGGUCCGGACGGAACACACCGACAUCACACCGACUAGACGGUAUUUUUGGACAGAUUCUAAAACUGUCCUCCAAUGGAUCAGAAGCGAUCCACGUACGUUCAAACCGUACGUUGCCCACAGGUUGGGCGAGAUAGACGAGCUGACACGAGUCAUUGAGUGGAGGUACGUACCAACAGGUUUGAACGUAGCAGACGUUGCCACGCGUGAGGACGCGCCACCGCUCACUAUUGACAACCAGUGGUUCCAGGGACCAGCAUACCUCCGACUUCCCGAGGUGAGUUGGCCCGCAGACCUAUGCAGCGCAGAAGAAAUAUACGACGAGGUAGCUUGCGAGCAACGUAGUGUUAACACUAUCAGUGCUAGCGCUCCAACUGACCUCGCUUCGUGUUUACCAGAUGAAGAAAGAGCGUAUUUUAAACUCGACUACAUAUUUGAUAGGUAUUUUGCUCCCUUCGUUGAGCCCGGUUACCGCGCUGUUGAUUUUGGUUCUCUUGAGCCCUGCCGACUUUACAAGGUCCUCGGAGGUCGAGUUGACAAGGCAGACGGGGUAAGUUACAACGCAUGUAGACCAGUCAUAGUUGAUGGUCGUCACAAGAUUACCCAACUGAUCGUCGAGGAUUAUCAUCGACGAGCCCUGCAUGGGGCGAACGAGAUGGUGGUUAACGAAAUCCGCCAGAAGUAUUGGGUAAUAAGGCUACGCCCCACAGUCCGCGGAGUCGCGGCACGUCGUCUGUUCUGCCGGCACAGACGAGCAGCGCCACAUGCGCAGCGCAUGGCAGACCUGCCACAGGUACGUCUCCAGCACCACAGGCGUCCAUUUUCCUCAGCGGGCGUUGACUUUUUCGGACCGAUGGAGAUCACCUCAGGUGCUCCAGAAAUGGGCGGCGCCUGGGAGCGAUUGGUUCGCUCUGUCAAAACGGCAUUGAAGGUUGUACUUAAGGAACGAGCACCACAUUUCGACACUUUGUCUACUCUGAUGUGCGAAGUGGAAGCUUUAAUCAAUAGCCGACCCAUAACUUAUGUUUCCACAGAUCCUAAUUACCCAGAAGCUUUAACUCCUAACCAUUUUCUAAUAGGUACAUCGUCAAGUGGAACUCCUUACG